AUGACUACCACCGACGACUAUGAGGCCUUCGAGGCCGCAGCCGCAAGCAUAGUCUUACAAGCAUUCGAAGGCGCCAAAGCAAAGCUCUUGACUGCCUUUCCGUACAUGAGCUCGGUCGCGAUUGAGCGCAUGAUCGAGAAGUCUUCCCAGUACUUCCAGGACGAGAUCCAAGCGCAAGAACCGGCAAUGACUGCCUCGAAAACACGCAGCAACUUCUUCAAACUUCUACCAGAACUCCGCAUUUACAUAUACGAGAUGGCGCUUGCCAAACAGAAGAUGCCUCGACCUGAUGAGCAUGCGUGGGAGGUCGAACAUCAUGUCGAGAUCCAGAGCUGGUAUUGCUGCGAUGAGCCUUCUUCAGACAAGUUCAUCACCAUGAAGCCGACCAAGAGACCAGCUUUACUCGCAGUCAACCGUCAAGUCCGUCACGAAGCCCCUCCAGUCUACUACUCAGUGAACACAUUCACAGCGACUUGGGCGGGUGAUUGGCAAGGAACAGGCGGCACGAUCAAGAAGCUCGAGAUCCGCUUCUACAUGCUGGACCCUGACCAAGUUGGAGAGUGCAUGGAUGAGGCCUACGAUGAGAAGGGCAUCAAGACAAAUUUUCCAGACGACCUGGCGGACUGUCUACACGAAGGAUAUGGUUGA